AACAAAACUAACCGGCCGCAAGAAAAAUCAACCAAUAAGAACCAUAGCACAAACUGCUCCACUAUUUUCUGUUUUUUUAGUGCAUAGCAUAAAAAACAAAGAAGCCCGACAUUAACGUGAAUAGAAAACGAAGUACGCUCGCGUUUAAUUAGUUCGUUCGAUGUGAAAAAGUGAAUUCUGAGACUCCUUGACAGCAAGACCCUGAAUGCGGUUAGUUACGGUAAAAAAAAAAAGAAGUGGACUCGCCGAAUCGAAUAUUAAAGUGCCGAACAAAUACAUUUAUGAAAUCAUAAUUGGCAAAGCUUUAAGCCACAAGUAAUCGCAACAAUUUAAACAUUCUAAUAUAAAAAAAAACACCACAAAACAUAAGCAAAAAUAAUAAAAAAGCAGAAACCACCGAAAUUAAUAGUGAAAAAUUAUAAUAUUAAAAAGAACAAAACUCCAAAACGUCAAACAUAAAUCAAACAACAAACACAACCUGCAUAUGUUUCAAAAACAAAAUCAUCUUAAUAUUCAACAACAAAAUUCUGUCAAUAAAACACUCGUAAAAGCAGGCACCAUUUUCAACAACAAAAAUUUCAACAACAUUAAACAAUUUUGAGAAAAUAAACUAUUUUACAAAAACUAAAUUCAAUAUUAAGGACCAGUUUCAACAAUACAACAACAACAACAACAACAACAACAAUUUCAACAAUAAAGUGCCGCGAACUAAAUUAUCUCACCGCUAUUCUCUCUUCUCUCUCUACAAUUCGCGAGGUUAGGCGUUAUCCUGCGUGUGUCGGGAUUUGUUCGUUGGUGUAAAUUAAUUGUUUUUUUUUUUUAAUAUUUCGUUUACGUGUUCGUUACCGCCGUGUCCCGCGUGUGUAUCCGUGUGUGCGUCGUGUGUGAGAGAAAGAGUGAGCGCACAUUGUUUUUUUGUCUGUGUAUGCUAUGUCACGGGGUAUAGGCAUUAAUGCGCUCCUCGAGGCGGCUGAAUUUCUAGCGCAGAAUGAGAAGCUCCCGCAGGCGGGAGGCGGUCCCAUCGGACUGGGCGUGGCCAUUCCCACCUCCCACCAACACCAUCAUCACCAGCUGCAACAGCACUAUAAGAGCAACUCCCUCAAUAACAACAACAACAACAAUAACAACACCAAUACCAACAACAACAAUAGCAAUCAGCACAAUAGGAACAAUAGCAGUAACGGAAUUAUUGCAUCGCCGCCAUUUACGAACGGAAAUGGUAACGGUAUCGGAAUCCAUAACGUGAACUCCAACGUAAACGUUAACGUCAACGGCCUGAGUAACGGUAACGGGCACGGGCAUGGGCACAAUAACACCAACAACAGCCCGCGCAGUCAAUUAACCCACGAUUACGAUUACGUCGGCAGCGCUGCCGCCAACGGACACAGCGAAGGUCGCGCCCCCAUCUCGGAGGAUACUAAUUCCUCAACAAUCAACAACAGCAACCACAACAACACCCCACAAAAACAGCAACAGCAGUUAAUUGCCAAUGGCAGAACAACAACAUCAGUAGCAGCAGCAGCAGCAGCAGCAACAAAAUUGAUGGGAAUUUCAACAACGCCCUCCUCUACGUCCUCAUCCUCUGCGCCCUCAAAUAAUUCACCCAACACCUUUACCCUCACACCCCAAACCGCAGCUGGCUCUGCCUUUCUGCUGCUGGCAACAGCAGCAACUGCAACUGCAACUGCAACAACAGCAGUUGCAACAGCAACAGCAGCAGCAGCGGCAGCGGCAGCAACAACAUCUGCAUCCUGCAAACCUGCCAAGCACAAAUUGGGUCCCAUCGAGGGGAUUCGUAGCAAUGAUCUAUUAUUAUCGGAUGUCGAGGAUGUCCUGCUGCUGAAUCACAAAAGAAUUUGCUUAGAUGCACUCGGUGGCAAAACUGGGAUACCCCUGACACCGCCGCCCAUGUCCACGCGCAAAGUGACGGACACGAAUCAACGGAUCCGCUCGUACUCACUAUCUCAUAAAAUUACAGCGCCCCUCAGCCAGGAGCAUCAGCAAUACCAUCACAACAUUCAGUCCCAUAUCGUGAGGGGUGCGUCAGGAGGCGGUGGUGGUGGUGGUGGUGCAUCCUUGAAUCCCACCUAUCGCCAGCAGCUUAACAGCAUGUUGGUGGCCACCGAAUUAACUUCUGCCUCAGCGAUACGCGUGGCUGGCGGCCCAGGAGCGUCAUCGGGAGGAGGUGCUGGAGCGAUGGCCUUAAAUGUGGCAUCAUCUGCACCGACGCAAGGAUCUCAGCUGAUACAGGCACAUAAUCACACUCAUACCGGCCACGGCGGACGCAGACGCACCACCAGUUCCAACAGCAACGGAGCGGGCACUCGGGAGGUGCACAAUAAGCUGGAGAAGGAGCGACGCGCUCAGCUUAAGGAGUGCUACGACCAACUCAAGAAGGAGCUGCCCAUGAGGGAAGAGGAUAAAAAGAAGACCUCCAACUUGACAAUACUCGAUUCGGCCAACGAAUAUGUCAGGCAACUGUUGCAGCGGGAAAGCGAACAGGAAGCCGAAGUGGAGAAGCUGGCUAAGCAGAAAAUUGAGCUGCAAAAGCAAUUGAAUAAUUUGAGGAGGGACACGACGGCCGGUGAUCAGCAGAAGCACCAUAGCAUUCCACAGGCCGAAAAAGCCACAAGCACAUCAUCCGCGACAGCAACACCAGCAGCAUCAGCAUCAGCCAGUGGCCGCAAUGGAACCACAAUUCUGUUUGAUGCCACCACCGCCUGUGGCGUCACUGGGCUAACAACUGUGAUAAGCAAAACCAAUGCCCCACCAGCAGCCAACAGCAGCAAACAUAAUACAGGAGGAGCCACAACCACACUUACUCCGGCCAUGGGUAUCAUGACAAUUAAGAAUGGUAACAGCAGCAUACUGGCAAUCUCACCCACUGCUGUGGCAAUCCAACAGCAACAGCAACAGCAGCCACAACACCAUAGCAACAACAGCCCCGCGGGCAGUCCCAGCAGCAAUGCAUCCUCUGCAGUGGUUGCAUCUGGAGCUGGUGUGGGUGCAACCACAAUCAUUCGUGGCUCACCCACACCUUCGACACCAUCACCGUCGCCUAGCUCCUCAUCCAGCGGUGUCUCAUCAUCGGCCUCAUUUAUGGGCUCCUCAUCGUCUUCAUCCUCAUCAUCAUCGUCGUCGUCGUCGUCCAGCUCGUCAUCCAAUUCGUCGUCACCCACGCAACAGAAUUCACCGGCAAGCACGGCCAAUGCUCAUUUAGUUGGAGCUCGAAGCGUUGGUCUUAAGUUCCAUGGUACAAGUGUGGUUGGAUCAUCAGCAAAUGGCUUGAAUGGUGGCGCUUCCAUUGUGGCCGCUACUGUGCCCACUGGUGGAUCGGCGAAUGGUUUCCAUCAGGCGGACAAGGACAAUCGGAAUUACAAUUUCCUCAUGAUUAGUGCUGGCGCAACGGCGCAGUGAACCAACAACAACAACAGCAACAUUACAAACUGCAACAAACGCGCCUCUAAAACAAUAACAAAAACAGCAACAAGAAAAAACUGAAUUGUGUGCAACGGCUCCCACCUCGAGAAGAACCUAGAACAUUCGCUGUUCUCGAACUCUUUAAAUUUGUUUUUUUUUUU